AUGUCCCACGGGACCUACUACGAGUGUGAGCCCCGGGCUGGCCAGCAGCCACUCGAGUUCUCAGGGGGCCGAGCGGGGCCCGGGGAGCUGGGGGACAUGUGUGAGCAUGAGGCCUCCAUAGACCUCUCCGCCUACAUAGAGUCUGGGGAGGAGCAGCUCCUCUCUGACCUCUUCGCUGUGAAGCCGGCACCUGAGGCCCGAGGCCUUAAGGGACCCGGGACCCCCGCCUUCCCCCACUACCUGCCGCCUGACCCGCGGCCCUUCGCCUACCCCCCACACACCUUCGGCCCUGACAGGAAGGCCUUGGGGCCUGGCAUCUACAGCAGCCCAGGGAGCUACGACCCCAGGGCUGUGGCCGUGAAGGAGGAGCCCCGGGGGCCGGAGGGCGGCCGAGGGGCCAGCCGCGGCGCCUACAAUCCUCUGCAGUACCAAGUAGCACACUGCGGGCAGACGGCCAUGCACCUGCCCCCGGCCCUGGCGGCACCCAGCCAGCCCCUGCGCGUCCUCAAGGCCCCUGUGGCCGCCGCCGCACCCCCCUGCAGCCCCCUCCUCAAGGCGCCAUCCCCAGCUGGCCCCUCGCACAAAGGCAAGAAGGCGGUGAACAAGGACAGCCUGGAGUACCGGCUGCGGCGGGAGCGGAACAACAUCGCCGUGCGCAAGAGCCGAGACAAGGCCAAGAGGCGCAUCCUGGAGACUCAGCAGAAGGUGCUCGAGUACAUGGCAGAGAACGAGCGCCUCCGCAGUCGUGUGGAGCAGCUGACCCAGGAGCUGGACACCCUUCGAAACCUCUUCCGCCAGAUCCCCGAGGCCGCCAACCUCAUCAAGGGCGUGGGGGCCUGCAGCUGAGCCCUGCUGGCAGACUGUGGCACCAGCCUCCCCCACGCCCCCACCCCGGCCCAGCCUGACUCUGGGGAUCCCUACCCUACUGGGGCCCUAGAGCCGCUCACAGGCCAAGCCUGAGACAGAGACCACGGACAAACGGCAGCGGGCGGCAAGGGAAGAGGGCGGACCCCAGCAUAAUGAAUCUGUGGCUGAAUAAAA